AUGUCCUGGCUCGAGCGAGGCAUCAAAAGGCUACGCGACGAAGUGUCACCUCCCAGUCAAGCGCCGGUACAGCAGCCCGCGCCAUCUUCCUGGCCAGAACCGUCACCAGAUUACCCCACGCCCGAGAACAAGUUGUUCUUCCAAGCCUUUGAAUGGCAUACGAAAUCGAAUCCCCCACCACCGCACGAAACACACUCCCACGAUUCGCACUGGAGCCGUCUGGGACGGAUUCUACCAGGUCUCGCAGAUCUGGGCGUGACAUCUGUAUGGCUACCUCCGGGAUGUAAGGCGAACUCGCCGCAGGGCAAUGGAUACGACUGCUAUGAUCUGUGGGAUCUGGGAGAGUUCGAUCAGAAGUGGACGCGAAGCACGAAAUGGGGUUCAAGAGAAGAAUUGCACGAUCUUGUUCAGAUAGCGCGAAGGUGCGGAUAUGGUGGUGUUGACAUAGUCUGGGACACAAUCCUGAAUCAUAAGACGGCAGGAGAUGCUAUAGAUGAAGCUUGGGCUGUGGAGGUGGACAAGGAAGACAGACGAGUGGAAACAUGUGCGCCACGUAAGAUCGAAGCUUGGCUUAAGUAUGACUUUCCAGGUCGAGAACGAGAGGGCAUGAAGUACUCUCCUUUGAAGUGGAAAGCAGAACACUUCAAUGGCACAGACUGGGACCAGCGAGCACAACUGAAUGCCAUAUACAAGUUGAUUGACGACCCAGCGACAUAUCCCAAGCCGAGUCGCGAGCAGAUGCCCAUACCGUCGAAACCGAACCAAGGGUUCAAUCGACUGGCACGACUCGCAGACGCAGUCUCAAAUGCCAUCUCGGACAGGCCUGCGCCAUCCAAGCGACCAGGCAAAGGCUGGUGUGAUGAUGUGGAUGACAUGCACGGCAACUACGACUAUCUCAUCUUCUCCAACGUCUACUACCUCCACCCCGAAGUGCGCCACGACGUCUUGCAAUGGGGAGAGUGGAUGAUUCAGGACACUGGCAUCCAUGGCUUCAGGUUAGACGCUGCUCAGCACUUCUCAUGGAACUUCUGUCGGGAAUGGAUCGCUAAAGUACAAGAUGCAAGUCGCAGAGUACACGGCAAGGAUGCCUUCGUCGUCGGCGAAGUCUGGUCAGGCGAAGUAAGCCGGCAACUCAAAUGGCUAGACUGGGUCACGCCUCCCGGUUUCCCAGUAACGGCACACGCUUUCGAUGCCCCUCUACUCUACAGCUUCUCGCGCAUCUCCGAGGACGUACAAAGGAACAGUAAGAACGCCGAUCUCCGCACCCUUCUCCACGGCCCAGGCAAUCGCGACCAUCAAGCUCUCGUCGCAGUUCGCCCGCAUCAAGCGAUCACAGUCGUCACAAACCACGACACGCAACCAGGACAAGCGAGCGCAGUUCCCAUGGAUGGCAGCCUCAAAGCUCUCUUCUACGCUUUCAUCUUCCUCCGCCGUGAAGGUCACCCUUGCGUCUUUUGGGGCGAUCUCUAUGGCACCUUAGGCCCACUGUCUGAAGGUCCGGCAUGCCAGAGUCCAAUCAUUAACACAUCAGCCCAAGAGCGAGCUUCAUCUGGCAUCGGCUCAAGAACCACGAGACGUCUACUCCCCUCUCUCAUGCUGGCGCGAAAACUCUUCGCAUACGGCCAACAAGUCGAUUACUUCGAUAGCAUGUCCUGCAUCGGCUGGACCAGAGCGGGGACGCAUGAUAAGCCCGGGUGCGUGGUGAUUAUGAGUAUUGGGCCCCCGAAUAAGUGGACGAUCAAGAAGAUGAUGGCAGGCAGGCCGGGAGAGAAGUGGGUGGAUUUAUUGAGUGAGAGGGAGGGAAGGCCGGAAGUUGUGAUUGAUGAGAUGGGAUGUGGGGUGUUUGCGUGUAGGGGCAGGAGUGUGAGUGUUUAUGUAAGUGAGGGUUGUGGAGAGGUUGAGAGGUUUCCGGUGGAGUUUGACGGGGAUGUUUAUGAGCAAUGA